AUGGAUAAAGGAAGAAAGAAAGAUUCAAUUGAACAAUUUAUAUCUAGUCCACAAUUAUUCUUAGAUAAUGGUCUAUCACAAUUAAGAUAUAUGAUAUUGAUAGAAGGAUUAUUAACUCCCGAAGGUUAUGAUCAAUGUCCUUAUAGAUCUUAUGUUUGGUCAAUUUUAUUAAGGGUACCCACUUUUACAACAAAGGAUUAUUUACAUUUAUUAGCUCAAGCUGAAGAAAAUUUAUCAUCUGAAUUAUUAGCUAAAAUUAAAAAUGAUACAUUUAGAACAUUGAUGAAUGAUAAGAAAUUUCAUGCAAAAGUUGGUGAGGAUUCAUUAGUUCGAAUAUUAUCAUGUAUUGCAAUGGUUAAUAAAGUUGGAUAUGUUCAAGGUUUAAAUGUUUUAUUAGCUCCUAUUGCUUAUUGUUGUCAUAAAAGUGAACCACAAGCAUUUGCAUUACUACAUAAUUUAAUCACAUAUCAUAUUCCAUUAUAUAUUACACCAAAUUUAGAUGGAGUACAUACUGGAUUAAGUUUAGUUGAUGUUGUAUUGAAAAUUAUUGAUCCAGUACUAAGUGAAUACUUAGAUUCCAAAUUUUUGAAAGCUAAAAUUUAUGCAUUCCCAUCAAUAUUAACAUUAAGUGGUUGUACACCACCAUUAAAAUCAGUUUUAAAAUUAUGGGAUUUAUUAUUUGCUUAUGGGUUUCAUAUGAAUAUAUUAUUUGUAGUUGCACAAUUAAUAUUAAAUAGAACAGAAUUAUUAAAUAAUCAGCAACCAAUGAAGAUACUAAGAAACUUUCCAGUACUAGAAGAAAAUGAAAUUAUAAAAUUGAGUUUAAGUUUUAUACCUGAAUUACCAGAAAAAUUAUACGAUUUAAUUACAAGACAUGGUUAUGAUAAAAAUGUUCCAAAAGAAUUAA